AUGUUAUCCUCUACCACCGACAAUCAUUGUUUCCUUUGCAACCACCACUACAACCACCGCUACCCACCACUUCCAUCACCAUGUCAUUUCCAACCCCCCCCCCCCCCCCCCCCCCUUCAACCGCCGCUACCACCACUCACCACCGCCACUGCCACCACUACCAUCGCCACCACUGUCACAACUACCAACACUCACCACCUCAAUCGUCACCACCACCCAACACCUCCAUUGAUGUCACCACCACCCACCACCAACACUCAUUGUCGCCUUUGCCGCCACCACUACAACCAUCACCAUCCACCACAACUGCCACCAUUUCCAUCACCACCGCCGACCAUCAUUCCACCACCCCCAAAACCACCACUUCCACCACUCACCACCAUCACAUACACCAUUACCAUAACCACAACUGUCGCAGCCGCCCAUACUUGCCACCACCAACACCCUCAUCUAUCGCCACCACCUACCACCUUCAAUAUCACUACCGACCACCACUAUCCACCACCUCCAUUGAUGUCACCACCACCCAUCAUCUUCAUCAUCACCACCACCACCACCCCUUACCACUCGCCAACACCAUAA